GGAGAGCCAGCGCCCGAGCGCAGACGCGCCCGCCAUGAGGGAGAUUGUGCACAUCCAGGCGGGACAGUGCGGGAACCAGAUCGGUACCAAGUUUUGGGAAGUGAUCAGCGAUGAGCACGGCAUCGACCCAGCUGGAGACUUUGUGGGCGACUCAGCGCUGCAGCUGGAGCGGAUCAGCGUCUACUACAAUGAGUCAUCCUCUCGGAAGUAUGUGCCCAGGGCUGCCUUGGUGGACUUGGAGCCAGGCACCAUGGACAGUGUGAGAUCUGGGCCUUUUGGGCAGCUCUUCCGGCCUGACAACUUCAUCUUCGGACAGACAGGCGGGAACAACUGGGCCAAGAGUCACUACACUGAGGGCGCGGAGCUGGUGGACUCGGUGCUAGAUGUGGUGCGCAAGGAGUGUGAGCACUGUGACUGUCUGCAGGGCUUCCAGCUCACGCAUUCGCUGGGCCGUGGCACGGGCUCAGGCAUGGGCACCCUCCUCAUCAGCAAGAUCCGGGAGGAGUACCUGGACCGCAUCAUGAACACCUUCAGCGUGAUGCCAUCGCCCAAGGUAUCAGACACCGUGGUGGAGCCCUACAAUGCCACGCUGUUGGUGCACCUGCUGGUGGAGAACACUGACGAAACCUAUUGUAUUGACAAUGAAGCUCUUUACAACAUCUGCUUCCUCACGCUCAAGCUAACCACGCCCACCUACGGGGACCUUAACCACCUGGUGUCUGCCACCAUGAACGGCGUCACCACAUCGCUGCGUUUUCCAGGUCAGCUCAAUGCUGACCUGCGCAAGCUGGCUGUGAACAUGGUGCCCUUCCCACGCCUGCACUUCUUCAUGCCCGGCUUUGCACCACUAACAGCCCGGGGCAGCCAGCAGUACCGUGCCCUAACAGUGCCUGAGCUCACACAGCAGAUGUUUGAUGCCAAGAACAUGAUGGCUGCCUGUGACCCGCGCCACGGCCGCUACCUGACGGUCGCCACUGUCUUCCGGGGCCUCAUGUCCAUGAAGGAGGUGGAUGAGCAGAUGCUGGCCAUCCAGAACAAGAACAGCAGCUACUUCGUGGAGUGGAUCCCCAACAACGUCAAAGUGGCCGUGUGUGACAUCCCUCCACGGGGCCUGAAGAUGGCUUCCACCUUCAUUGGCAACAGCACCGCCAUCCAGGAGCUGUUCAAGUGCAUCUCCGAGCAGUUCUCGGCUAUGUUCCGCUGCAAGGCCGUCCUGCACUGGUUCACUGGUGAGGGCAUGGACGAGAUGGAGUUCACCGAGGCUGAGAGUAACAUGAAUGACCUGGUGUCUGAGUAUCAGCAGUAUCAGGACGCCACGGUCAACGACGAGGAAGAGGCUUUUGAAGAUGAGGAUGAAGAAGAGAUCAACGAAUAG